UUCAUUGUUGUGUACGAAGCAUUAUGGAAAAUUCACGACGUGCGCAUUUCUCAAAGUGUUUUGCUUCCAGACAAGAUUUACUAUUUUUCCUAUAAAAUAUUGUGUAUCGCAAGAAUCUGUAAUAUGUAAUCAGCAGCUAUACUCUCGUUUGCAAAAUAACAGCAGUCAACUAGUAAGAUAAUAAGAGGCAAAAAUGGAAGAGAAGGUACAUGUGCAAGUGAGAGACAACUCGCAGUCGAUAGAGCAUAUCUUACGUCCAAUAUCGUGUACCGCCUGGCUCCUGGGCGUCGGUAUUGCACAUCCGCGAAAGUGUCCCAAAGCUAUAAUGAUAAUCAUACGUAUAAUUCCUAUGGCUGUGUGUUCCUAUGUCACGAUACGCGACACAAAAUUUUUCUUCACUAAACAUUCUGACUAUUGGCAGAUCGACACAAGAAGAUACUUAGAUUUUCUAAACAGAACGCUGUGUUACAUAUCAGCCUUUUAUUAUAUUUAUCACGGAAUCAGGCAGUACAACAAGUGGCCGGAACUGAUGGAUAGAUUGAAAAAACUUGAUCAGAACAUCAGGAAAGAAAUAUCCAUGAAUGACCGGUCUAUAAAAAUUAUCGAAGCGUUAGCACUUCUCAUGACGUUCACUUUCUGUCCUUUGAUGCCAAUUAUUCGAGUUCUGUACGAUUACUUUAUCUUAUCAUAUCAAGUACACGAAAUUUUUGCAAGAGAAAUGCUGUUUUACUACAUAUUAGCGCAGUCGUUGAUCAACAGCUUCGUUUUCGAUGUUGUCGUCUAUGUGUUAUAUUGUAGAUUUCAAACAGUAAAUAAAUUGAUUGGCCAGUUGGAUGAAUUUUCCGAUGUGCAAUGUGUAACGUUCAAGAUUAGACGCAUCAGAGAAUUGCAUGCCGAUAUUUGUGACCUCGCUAAUAUGGUAAACGAUAUUCAUGGUCUUCAUCUUCUCCUCUGCUCGGUGAACUGCUUCAUCAUGGCUGUGGCUACUUCACUAUUCCUUCAUGACGUUUCCACGGGCAGAGCCUUCGUGGAACCAAUGAUACGAAAUUUCUUUCACAUUGCAUAUGCCAUGCAAUUCUGCCUGAUUUGUUGGAUUUGCACACUCGCGUGUCAAGAAUCCAAUAAGACCGGGAGACUCAUACACAAAAUUAUAUUGAAUUGCAAACUUGUGAAUUUAGAUAUGCACGAGGCGAGUAAUCAAUCGAGUCUAGAAAUGCGAUCUGCACUGGAAGACCUGAACAGCGAGCAAAAUUCUAAUAGUAGCAGCAGUCACAAUUUGAAUUACGUUGUCAUGGAAAAUUUUUUGCACAAACACUUAAACCGAGAUUGUUUCAGAAACGAGGUCAAUGAUUUUUCAACUCAAUUACAGCAGAAUCGAGUAGCAUUUACGGCCUGUGAUUUUUUCGAAAUAAACAAUACUUCGUUCUGUUAUGUGAGUAUAUAAUUUGCUUCAUUAUAUUUUCCGUAGAAAAGAUGCUUCUUUCAAAUUGCAACGUAGAUAAUAGUUAUCGAAACAAUUAAAUAAAGUAAACGUGUUUUUCAGUUC